CUUGAUAGCGGAUUCCUUCGACUUGGUGCGUUGGUCGUGUUGCUGAGCAUCGCCGUUGAUCCGUUCAGUCAACAGCUUGUCCAAUAUAAACAGGACGUGGUGUACAGCGCCAAUGCAGAGACGACCAUCGCACGAGCAGGCAGAUACUCGAAGGGGAGCGAAUACAGCAUGCAGCUAUCGCUAUUAUCAUCAACAUAUGUGGCCAACGUUACCAACACUUUCGCUGAUGCAGAUUUCUCGAUGCAGUCUGCUAUUCUCUUCGGACUCGAUCAGCCUGUCGAGAAUGUGAUACAGCAGACUUCCUUCCAGUGCCAGACGGGGAACUGCAGCUGGCCAGAAGUAGAGUCACUGGCGAUCUGCAGCACAUGUGUUGACCUCACAAGCAGACUUGAACGACUGGUCACAGACGGUGCGCUGUACUGCAACCUGGAGGCAGACAACGGAGCCUGCGCCACUACAUUGGAUGGUGGUACGGCAUUCAGGUUGUCGAAUGGUUUAUAUAUAGAUAACCAAAACGGCUGGCAGUAUGGCUCAGUCGACCAAGAUGACAUCUUUGGCGCUGUCAUGAUGACCACGCUGGGCACGGGAAACGCGAGCGAGACCGUCGCCAUGCAGGACCUUUCCACGCUGAUUUGGUCCAUGACGAUGAUCGAGGUAAAUGCAGACCCGGCCAAUGCUUCGGCAGCCUGGCCCAACCUUCCACGGUCUGCAAUGGAGUGUGCGCUUCACUACUGCGUCAAGAGCUACGAGUCUGUGGUGACAAAUGGCACAUUGAAGUUGAACAAAGAAGAAUUGGUGAACAGCACACGAGUCCAGGAAUCGUGGCAACCCGAGGACAACGCAGAUGUGCUCAACAGUACCAUGCUCGACAGCAUCGAGUUCAACGGCUACUUCUCUGUCAUCCCAAGAACCGACCUUGCACUCUCGUCUGCCGUGACUGGGGACCAGUUCAACGUCUCCCAGGCAGCCGUCGAUAGUAUCAGCUCGCACUUCCAGGGUGCCUUUGCUUCGACACUGCGCGAGUACAACAUAACGGACAACGGAAGCAAAAGCGGUAGGAUGAACGGAUUCUACAUGAACUCGUCCAACGUACAGUACGCGCCCGGAGUGAUGCAGGCUCUCUUUUCCAGUGCGGAUCUGAACGCCACGUUCGUGGCCCUGGCGGCAAGCAUGAGCAACGCAAUGCGGGCAGGGGCAGAUCAGGAUUUUGAUGACAACAGCAAUUUAGUGUCUGGGAGUACGGGCGUCCUGACAACCUUCUAUCGAAUUGUUUGGCCAUGGAUUUCGCUCCAAGGCUUCGUCAUCGUUGCCGGCGCCCUCUUUCUCGCUUUCACAAUCCGAAAAAGUGGAGGAAACUCUGACGCUGUCCCAGUGUGGAAAUCAAGCACUCUGGCUGUCAUGAGCCGAGGGCCCGCUGUUGGCGGCGUGCUGGACGGACUGCAUAGGGUCGCCCAGAUGGAGGAGAGGGCAAAGACUGCCAAGGUAAUGCUGUUUGAGAAGGCUGACAGUGCUUCUGCUCCACUGGACAGUUUGCAGUUCGACCCUUUGGAGGUCGAGGAAGGGCCAGAAGCGCUUGGGUACUCAUCUACUGGGACCAACAAGAGCGGUGUGUCAUGGACAGUGCGCUGA